AUGCAGUACGGCGUCGUGUUGACAGUUUUCUGCGGGUGUGUGGUGGCCCAAAUACACUCACAGAGAUUACACCCCACACAUAACGGCACACUGGAUAGGCUACAAAACAGCAGCAGUGCGGGGGAGCCUCGUCUAGGCGUAGUCACCAACUCAUACUACGACUUCCUCAUCAAUGAGGGCAGUUACAAGUUCUGGGCGGUGUUCCAGCUGGUGACAGUCGCCAUCCUCCUGUACUCCACGUUCGCCGCCAUCUACUACGCCAAGUACACGUUCCUCAAGGAGGUGGAGAACUCCGAAGUGUCCGAGAGCGACUUCCUCCUCAGGUCCUCGCGCAGUCUCCGUGGUCGUCCCUUCCUAGGUCUACACCCCGCCACCUUCCAGAGGAUAAUCGAUUCUGUCGCCUCGCUCCACGACCGUUAGACCCCACUGGCCCACU